AUGGCUUUAAAAGUAUAAAUCUCUUUAUAACUUAGUUAAAUAAAGAACUUGUUGAAACUUUCAAUUGUAAUUACAUUUAUUUACUAUAAAAAACUUUAUUGCCAAUACUUGAAGAUAUUGCUAAAUAUAAAUAUACUUCAGAUAAUCCAGAUAGAGGUUGUACUUAUUUUUUAAAUGGUGAAAAUCCAAAUUAAGGUUUUAUUAAUCUAAAUUUUAGAUAAUAAAGAUUUAUAAAUUACUGGCGAAUAAUUUGUCAGAGUUGUUUUAGAAUGCAUAAGAGUUUGGAGUAGAUGGUUUCCAUUAGAUUACUAAUCAUAUUUUUUAAGUUCUUUUAAAAUUACCUAUGAAAAGUUAGUAAAAUUAGGAAUUAAAUUUCCUAAAAUCAUUUAUUUUGACAAUGUUUAAUAGUAUAUUCCCAAUUAAUUAAUACCUUUAUCAAUGAUAAUUUAAUUAAGAGAACUACUUAAAAAUUAAACUAAUCUUUCAAUAAAAUAAAUUAGAAAUUAUUUAGCAAUGAAUCCUGCUCAUUUUUUUUAUUAACAUAAAUAUAAUACAUAUGGAGAUUUUUUCCAUUAGAUUAAAAAUAAAAAUCCAAUCCAAAAAAAAAAAGUUUUAAGAAAGGCUACCUUUCUAUUAGAAAGGGAAUUUGAGAAUCUUGAGACAAAGAAAAAAGAUCCAUCACAAAAUCCUAUUUCAUCAGAAACUCUACAAAUUGAAAAUCUUUGUUUACAAAAUUUAUAUAAUGCAUUAUCAAUUAAAGUGCCAGAUCUUCAAUCAUAAAUUAUCACAUUAUAAAAUAAAGUAUCUAGUUUAGAAAAACAGCUUUUAGAUAAAGAAGAAAAAAUUAAUGAAUUACAAAAUGAAUUAAAACAAUUAUAUUAAUAGUUUUCUAUUAACAUUAAAUAAUUUUUAACUUCAAACGAUCUAUCCAAUAGUGAAUUAUUUCAAACAGAUGUAAAUUUAACUAUUAUAGUUAGGUUACAAAAUUGAAAUUAUAUUAUGGUAUUUAUGAUUAAACUUAUGAAAUUGAUAAAUUGAAAUAACAUAUCUAUAAAUCUGACAUUAAAAUAGAAGAAUUAUCUGAUAAAUUAGAUGAAUCCAUUAAAAAAAAAAAUUAACUUUUUGAAGAAAAUAAAACUCUAAAUUAGACAAUAUUAGUUUUAGAGAGAAGAUUAAUUUAAAAUAGUAUAUAGCCUAUAAAAAAUGUAUCAACUUAAUAAUGUUUGAGUGAAUGUCCUAUGAAUACUAUGACUAAUAUAAAUCAAACUGGUAAUAUAGUUUAAAAAAAAGAAAAGAUAACUGGAUUUUAAAACUCUUUAUUGUUAUCAUUAAAACAAUAAAUUUUAGGAUAUUAAUUCAAUAUUAAGACCUUAUAAAUUGAAUUAAGUAAGUAUGAUAAAUUAUUAUAACAUUCUGGUCAUGCUCAUAGUAAUUCUAUCUUCUCUUAUCAUACAGCAUCCACACAAUAAAAAAGUAAAUCUAUCAAUUUAAAAUUAGUCCCUAUGUAUUCUCCUUAAUCUAUUUGUUAACCUAAAUCAAGAGGAUCAAAAUAAAUUACUUCACCAUUUGUAGAUUAUGAUGGCAAAAUAUUUGCAAUUAUUCCAGAAGCUUUUACUGUAAAAUUUAGGUAAUCAUGCUUAUUGAAAAAAUCUAUUUUAUACUCUGAUGAUAAUCUUCAAAUUGGUGUUCAAUCUAAUUUAUAAUAGAAUUAAUAACUAUUAAUAAAUUUAGUCUUGCAUAACAGAACUUAAGAGUUGUUGAGUAAUCUUAACAUUUAAUAUCAAAAAUCUUAGAAUCUAUAAUUUUAGGUUUAUCCUAAUAAUAUUUAAUAAUCUAUUAAAGGAAACGAAUAAGUAUCCUAAAAAAUAUUUAUAUCCUAUGAAUAAAUACCUUAUUAAUUAUUAGAAUUUUAAAUAAGUUACUAUAUUUCAAAGUAAGAGUUUAGUUUCAAGGUUUGCCUUCCCUGCACAAUUAAUAAAUUUUUUACCUUUUUAGAAAUUCCUUAGUAAACCCCAAAAACAUAUUUUUAUAAUAGUAAAAUCUUUCAAACAAGCUUUUAAAAUCAAAUUAAAUAAUUACUUCCUGAAUUUUAAAUUAAUUAAAUUAAUGAUCAAUUUGUCGAAGCAUUAGCAAGGAUUCAAAUUGAAAAAUCAGUGUUUAUAAUUUAGAUUUAAUCUCAUAAUCAUUAAAUGCAGAUUAAAUUAAAUGGUACUUAUUAAGAUUCCCUCGUUGAAUGUAUUGUGUCAACAUAUUAAGGGCUGUUUAUGAUUAGAUGAAAAAUUUUUAAUAUAUUAAUUAAAAUUAGAAAAUAAUUAUAAAUGCAGUAGCUUUAGAUAGGACUAGUCUUAUUAAUUUCUUGUUUAGCUUUUUUCCUUCUAGGUUACUAAUGGGCUUUUUCGAAUAAUUAAUCAUAUGAUAGAGUAUAUAUUUUAAUAUCGUUUUUAGCUUAGAUCUGAUGAUGAUGAAUGUAAAGUAUAAGUUAUUUUCUUUAGAAAAACUUGAAUAAUAAUUGUAUGAAUAAUAGUUAAAAGAGGAAAAAUAUAAGUAAUAAAUUGAGGAUCUCAAAAAAUAAUUAGGAAUGAUAACAAAUAAGAAAAAUACAAAGAUUUGA